AUGCUUCAACUUCAAUAUUUUAACGAUGAGUACGAUUCCGAUCGAAAUAUGCGUCAAUCGAUUGUUCUAAAAGCUCGUGUCAACGAUAUCGAGCAAGCUGAAAAUGCUAUAUUUGAGCUCACGGAAUCACUUGGAACAUUUUUCAUACAGGAAGAUGUUUAUUUCAAUGUGCCAAAUGGGAAUCUAAAGCUUCGUAUUAUGCACCCUAACAGAUGCGGACAAUUGAUUUACAACUCAUUAUCUGAAAAGUCCGACCACAAACUCAGCGAAUCACAAGUGACAGAAGUGGAGGAUGUGUACUCCAUUCGGGCCACGUUAAAUGCUGCACUUGGUGAACGGGGUACAAUCACAAAGAAACGCCGUGCGUUCACAAUGAAUGAUGCAAGGAUCUAUCUGGAUGACGUGGAUCAUGUUGGACAAUUCAUAGAUAUUGCUGUAACGCUGACAUCAUCAGAGCCAGAUGCGUGCAUCGCUCGUGCUAAAGAAAUUCGUGAUCAUCUAAAAAUUGACGAAGAUGCUAUUGUUCCCGCCGCUUACCUGGACAUGAUGAUGGAGAAUCUAUCGUUCGAUGAUGAUCCACCGUCAAGAAAAUCAACAAAAAGUGGUUCGGAAACCGAAAGUGACGAUUCAGUGUUGAACAGUCGCGAAUGCUGA